AUGGCGGUCCUGGAUUAUGCAGGUACAGGUCCAUGCCAGUCUCACGGUCUUGUAUUUCUGAACGGUAAGGAAUUCUCCGUCGGCGGGACGCCCCUUCAUGGUCCAGGACGGCGCCCAGCAUCCGUGCUCGCCUGGAGACAAACCCCGAGUGGAAGGAGCAACAGAUUUUUCUUCGCUGGUUCCAGUAAAAUCGUGUUGGAAGUCUCGAAAAACCACGUGUUCCUGUGGCUGCAUCCGGACCUCACGGGCCACUACGGCAUCUGUGGAACCAACACCGGCACGCGAGACGAUGACUUCACAAGCCGCUCGGGAACUAUCGAGGACUCCAUGGACACAUUUGUAGACUCGUGGAUGACCGACACACAAAAUUCGCCCGAAUGUCCGAUCAGCCAUCGAUUCAAGAGAAAUGUCAUUUACAAUGAAACUGGCCUGUGCACCUUGGGGAACGCCACUCUUCUAGAGCUCGAAGCCAUCUGCGGCCUGCGCGUUCCCUUCGUUCAGCACGAGGGCCAGGUGGUGGAGACAGACGAGGUCGACGCUCUCAUGGAGGCUUGUACGUUUGACCUUUGUUUGCUGUAUAGUACCACUGACGGUAACAUGACGGCCGUUGAAGAGUACAUGGACACAACCGUCGCUGAUGUUGUUGCAAGGAUUAUCGAGAUGGAAGCCACGCUGAUAGAUGUUGAAAGCUUGACGACCAUUGCGCCUCCGAACACGACGAUAGCCCGGGGCCGCCCGAGGAGGAGGCGCACAUUCAUCAAGAUUGAACAAAUUGUUCAUUUUUAAGAACGAAGAAUACCCUGAGGACUUGACCCGACGAUGGAUACAAAGAGAAAUCCUAUUAUGAUGGCCAGCUGUUUGGAUCAGCUGGUCUGUAGCGAUCAGCUGAUUCUGGAUGAAUUCCCAGAUAUCUACAAUAGAUUUUUUUUUUCUCCAUUCACUAUAUUUGUUUAAUUCCAUUUAGAGAAAAGAUACUCUGAGUAGGAUCAAAUUCCGUGAUCCAGUUUCCAGAAUUAUCGUUAUUGAUAUACUGAUUAACUAGAGAUUUGAAAAAUUUAUUAUUAAAGGGAAGUCCUUUCGGCACUCAGUGAAUGGUGUCAGUUACCAUAUUUUUACAAUAUCAUCUUGUAAUAAUAUAUGAAAAUAAAAUGCGAAACGAAAUCAUU